UCUUAUGACAAGUCAAAGUUUGGAGAUUACAAGUUUUGAGGCACUAUAUACCAAGCAAAAAACACAAAAACAUAAGAAAUGGAAGGAUGGUAGUCUACAUGCGGAAUACAAAGAAGGAACAGCCGUCUCGAAGAGCAGAGUAAAACUUUUUGACGAGGAUGGUCUUUUAAUUUUAACGACCACUUUGCAUUCAAAGUCACUAGUUCCAGGAGAAACUCUCGAAGUUGAACAAUAUCUAGUUCAGGUACUUGAACCUAUUGAUAGAGAGGUAAUCAUUUCACAGCAACGCAAGUUAUGCGAAGAUGGUGACGUCAUGCUUGGCACAGAACAAAGCUGUUGCAAGAAAAGAAAGACAACUGGAGCAAAUAGUGACUCUUGGCCACUGAACUCAGCGUUAGAUUUGACAGAUAAAUCCAUGAAAACUCAGGUUAACUAUUCUGGACGCUCUAAUGAGGAAAUCAUACACUUACUAUCUGAAUGACCACAUAAAAAGAGAGAACCGAAU